AUGUGGAUCGAGAAGUUGUUGCCUCCAGAAGAACAACUCAAAAGGGUUGCAGAGGUUGUGUUUUCACCUGCCGCUGCCGGUAGGAUGGAUGAAUUUGUCCAGGCUUUACUGCUGGUAUGCAGCCCUCUGCAGGUGCUAGCGGUGGAUGGUGUGAAUUUUGGCGUGCACGUGGAGAAUCAGACACGUGUUAGAGACGCCAUGAGUAGGAAGCAUCACAGAGUGUAUCAGCUUUAUAGUAGGACCAGCGGGAAACAUGUACAGAUACUGGGAAGGAAAAUUAGUGCAAGAGGAGAAGAUGGAGACAAAUUUGCCCAGCUUGUUGUGGAGGCUGACACCUUUGGGAGUCAGGUGAGAAUCCGUGGGAAAGAGACCAACUUCUAUUUGUGUAUGAAUCGAAGAGGCAAGCUUGUGGGGAAGAGAGCUAAAAAUGGCAAUGCAGACUGUGUUUUCAUAGAGAUAGUUCUAGAAAAUCAUUACACAGCAUGGAUGUCAGCUCGUUAUGUUGGAUGGUACAUUGGUUUCACCAAGAGGGGCCGUCCACGUCGAGGGCCACAAACUUUACCCAACCAGCGAGAUGUUCAUUUUAUGAAGCGUUUCCCCCCCGGAGAACAACCCACCCUUCCAGUCUGCCAGUUCACCACUAUUAGCAAGAGAGUGCAUGGAACUACAACCCCUUCUGAAUAA